GAAAAAAGAACAUGUUGUAGGUGGAAAUUGCUCGAAAUGUGUCCGAAAGCAUUGUUAGUGCCCCUUUAUUUGUUGAUAUUGAAUAGUUUGACGAGAAAGAAGACCGGCAAAGCUCUGUAAUUCAAAUUUAAGGGGAUAUCUCCUGGGUUUAAGCACUGCUGGAUUUGGACGCCUGCACUAUCUCUCCUCUGUGAAGGCCGAGCGGAAAACUAGUAAACAUAUCCAAUCCAAGCAUAUUAAUAUUUGUAUCAAUGGAGGCAGUAGUAAUUGACGCGGGUUCGAAACUUCUCAAGGCAGGUCUAGCUCUUCCUGACCAGGAGCCGUCCAUGAUAAUUCCAACUAAAAUGCAAGGCAUUGUGGAGGAUGAUGAACAUGCAGAUAAGACAGACCCUCAAGAUAUCACUGUUGAUCCCAUUGUAAGGGGAAUUGUCAAAAAUUGGGAUGCUAUGGAAGACUUGUUGCAUUAUGUGCUUUACACUAGAAUCGGUUGGGAGAUUGGCAAUGAGGGACAAGUUUUGUUUGCAGAUCCUAUUCUAACUCCCAAGGCUAUAAGAGAGCAGCUGGUGCAACUCAUGUUUGAAACUUUCAAUGUGAAUGGAUUUUAUGCAACUGAACAAGCAGUGUUGUCACUUUAUGCUGUUGGACGAAUAUCAGGCUGUGCUGUUGAUGUUGGACAUGGAAAGAUAGAUAUUGCACCAGUAUGGGAAGGUGCCGUUCAGCACAAUGCUUCAAAGAAAUUUGAGGUUGGGGGAAUAGAUUUGACUGAAUUGUUUGCACGGGAACUUCAGAAAUCAAAUCCUCAAAUCAACAUUGACCUUUCAAUUGUUGAGAUGUUGAAGGAGACAUAUGCAUACACUGCAGAAGAUCAGGGAGCAUAUGAAGAGAAACAGAGAACAUUCCACACCGAAAAGCAUACCCUACCAGAUGGACAGGAAUGCAUGGUACAAACUACAAAGGUAAUAUCUUUAGGCAAGGAACGAUACACUGUAGGUGAAGUUUUGUUUCAACCAUCCUUAUUGGGAAUUGAGGAGUAUGGUAUUGUUGAACAAUUGAUCCGUUGUGCUUCAUGUGCUCCUUUUGAGAAUCAGCGACAACUUCUAGAAAAUACUGUGCUUUGUGGUGGCACUGCAACAAUGUCUGGCUUUGAUGAUCGCUUUCAGAAGGAAGCAAUUCUAGCAUCACCAUCAUCUAUCCGACCUGCACUUGUAAAGCCUCCAGAAUAUAUGCCAGAGAACAUGCCGAAGAGUUCAGCUUGGAUGGGUGGUGCAAUCUUGGCAAAAGUUGUAUUUCCUCAGAACCAACAUAUUACAAAGGCAGAAUAUGAUGAAUCUGGGCCAAGCAUUGUUCAUAGAAAAUGCUUUUAGAACUAAGAUUUUAUGGUAUGCAUGCCUUCGUUGAUGGGCCACCACCAAAUUGUCAUGAAAUGUAGAGAAUCAAUAUUUUGAAGUUGAAUAUUUGACGUUGCUUGUGACAAAUCUACUAAUUUGUUUAAUAUUUCUCUAGAGCUGCUCAUGGUAAUAUAUGUUUUGACCAGUUCUAUUUCUA